UGUGCCUGGGAGUUAUCAGUUGGUGCAGCCGGAGUCUGUGCCGCUGUGGAGGGCAGCUGAGAACCGGCCCUGUGGACCCUUUCCUCAGUCUAACCGUGGUGGGCCUGUCUCCUGUGCCCAUCGGAAGGACAAAACACAGCUGCCAGUUAAGGUUUCCUGGACCUGUGUUUGGGAGAGGGCAGAGGACUCAGGCCCCAAAGAGAAGAAAGCGGGUCACCACUGAAGGACAUCUACCUUUGUUUUCUAGAGAGUCCUUCGUCCCCAAUUCCAUGGCCUUAGGCCCCAGUUCCCCCCUUUUUACAGAGUUGCUGUUCCAGCCGGAGCCACACCUCUCUGACUCUGGUUCCAAAGCCUAUGUAGUCUGAUGGUCAGCCACCAGAGGGCGCAGCGAACUCGGGCUCCAGCCGCUGCCUGCCCCGCCUCCUCGAGCUGGGGGCCUUGGACCAGGCCGUUGGGCAGUCCUCAGGCAAGGCCAGAAGGGCUGGUUUGCUGCCGCCAAGGCCUUGUCCUUUGUCUUCCCCUCUCACAAACACCACCUACUCCAUUACCUUAGGUGUCAGCCUCCCUUCCCACGCAGCUGAUCUGGCACUGGGGGAGGUUAGGGGAGGUCUCCUCUCUCAGGCCCAGCCUCCCAGGCUUCUGAGGGCCGCUGCAGGACUCAGUGUGGUGGCCUUGGGAAGCUCCUUAAUUUGCUUGAAGUAGAACUGAGGACCAAAGGCGCUUGCUUUUUCACUAGGAACAGGAAACAAGGCCUCGUACCUGCUCCAGCUCACCUGUCAGGCACCAGGACACCUUGGGAGCAAUGUCCUGGUGCCUGUCCAGAGAGAGAGCUCCAACCUAACCUUGCAGAUUCUUAAAGUUGGGGUUCUGGGAAUUCUCAGUGGCAGCCUGGCAGGAGGCAGCUGCGCUUGCGUCCGGGGCAGGAAUGCCUGCAGACCACCAGGUAUUCCUGAUGAAUGUCGAUUCAACGUGCAGCGCCGGGCCAGCAGCUUGGUACGUCUGUUCUGUGCAGGCUGGCAGGUCACGCCGGGGGGGCCGAGAGCAGCCACUGGGUGAUGUGUGUGUGUGGCACAGCCAGCCAGGGCCAGAACACUAGGCCCAGGCCCACGCACAUCUAAGUGAGGCUGUGGGAAGAAGUGUGAUCUGCCAGCCAGUGGCACAGCACAAGAGCCCCGUCCUGCGGUGCCCGGGCAUGCUGCUGGCAUUGAUUUCCGGGAGGCAGGUCCCUGUGGCAGCUGCACUGACCUCCUGGGCCACUUGGCCAUGGUGUCAUUCUAUGCUGUCAACCAGGAUGGAGCUCAGGGGGCCCGGCGCCCCGAUCCAGGCUUGGGUCCCCCGCCUUGCAGCUACUCUGCCCUUCAGAAGGGGUCCUAGGAGGUGCCCAGUACACACAGCAGCCCCUUAGAGUGCACAUGUCCCAGCGUGGGCCCAUACCGAGGGUCUUCGAGCUCCUGUGACAAGCUGUAAGGCAUUGGAGACUGGAGAACCAGCUGCAGGCCAGCCAUACGUCCUCAUCGUGCUGAGCCCAGGGCUCCAGGGCCCGCUCCUAGGCCACAUGGUCCUUGUCCUCUGCAUCUGGCCCCAGGGGGUUCAGGAUGGAGACGGGCAGCAGCCAGGGGAGAGGAGGUGCUGGCAGGGACACCCUGGGGCUCCAGCCAUGAUGGUCCGUCCUUCCUGCCCCACACCCAGGCUCUCAGUGACCUCUCCUGCCCCCCACUGUAUCAGCUCAGCCCUGCUGCUGCUCAGAACCCUUUGCCCUGGUACUUUGGAGCCCAACCCCAGCAGGGAAGGAGGGGGUCUGGAGGCCAGGCCAGCAGCGGAGGCUUCCUGGUCAUGGAAUUCAUCUGGGUCUGGGACUUGGGUGUGGAUAUGUGGGUCCACACUUGUGGAUGUCUUACUGCAUUGUCGUCCACAUCAUUGUCCUCACACCCCAUCUAGAGUCCUACCGGUACCCUAUCCAGGGAUCCCAAGGUCCUGCUUUUCAGAUCAUCGGCUCCAGUGGUUCCAAAAUUCAGCUUUGCAGUUUCUAGAGCUGAUCCCUUAAUAGCUUCAAUCCAGUGAGUCUCUGCAUGUGGGGUGGGUGACCAUCGAGAGGCCCCCUAAACCCUGGUAGCCGUCUGGAGACUUCCCACAGGAACUGGUCUCGAAGAGUUCCCCAGCUCUCCCAGGCCUGGCUCCAUGGAGCCCACACACUCUUCUCUGGUGUCCCCUCCACCUCCAGGUUCUAGACUCUUGUCCCUUCCUAACUCACAGCAGACUGUCUUCAGGCCUGGAUACACUUGUCCGAGAUCCAAUCCGGGGUGCCAAGUCUAGUGCCCCUUGCUCCAAAAGUAGCAGCUGCUCUGCUGCUAGAAGCAUUUGGCCACAGAACACAGCCCUAAGGGCUCAAGAUAGCCAUUCCCCAACAUCUCCUAACCUCUGGUUCCUGCCCGGGCAAGAGGCUGCCAGAAGAACUAAGAGCGGACAUCUCCUCUGUUCUUUUAACCUCAGCCAUAGCCAAGUCCUUACAGAAUGAAAGGCCCAGGCUGUGUUCUACCUCUAGAACCUUGUCUAGCUUCCCCCAUGGCUUUCAGGCUAAACCAAGACUCGGUUUACAGUGAAUGAAGCCCCUGAAACCAGCUUAGGGCAGGAAAUGGCUCUCUGGGGAUUCACAGAACGCAAAGCACGGGUUCCUACCUGAAACCCACAGCAAAGGCUGUGGUUUGGUUCAGGUUUCCUCGCCUUGGAAACUCCAUUUCAAACUAGAAAUCCUUUCUGAGCUUAGAUCUGAGUUCUACCUGGAGCCAGGGGAGCUAGGAGAUAGCGGGGAGGAGUCACAGGCAGGGCCACAGGAGGUGGGAGGGGCCAGGAAGUGGGCUGAGCUCUGGCCACGGAGGGGUUAACCACCAAGCCAAUCUCAUAGAGCGAGAUCAAUGGGUUACUGCCCGUGAAAGAGAGAGUGAGGCAGCAAACCGCGCAGACGGGCAGGGAAAGAAGAGCCGGGCAGAAGAGCAUGCCGCCCCGGGGAAAUCAGAGUCUGAGCAGGAGGCUGGCCAGUCCACUCCGGAGCAGUAGCAAGUGCCCACAUCCAACUCAGCAGAGAGCCGAGGGCAGCUGAGAGGAGAGGAGGGGCCGUGAAGACGAAGGAAGAGAAAUAGGAAGCAGAGCCGUCCCUGCAGGGAGGCACCAAAGGCAGCGGCUGAGCCGAGAAGCUCCACCAGGAAGCAUGCAGGGGCCCGGUGCCUAGGGCUGAGGAAGAUGUCUGACAUCCAGAACAUUUCGCUGGACAGCCCAGGGAGCAUAGGGGCUGUGGCGGUGCCUGUGGUCUUUGCCCUCAUCUUCCUGUUGGGCAUGGUGGGCAACGGGCUGGUGUUGGCUGUGCUGCUGCAGCCUGGCCCAAGCGCCUGGCAGGAGCCGGGCAGUACCACAGAUCUCUUCAUCCUCAACCUGGCGGUGGCCGACCUCUGCUUCCUCCUGUGCUGCGUGCCCUUCCAGGCGGCCAUCUACACGCUGGAUGCCUGGCUCUUCGGGGCUUUUGUGUGCAAGGCCGUGCACCUGCUCAUCUACCUCACCAUGUACGCCAGCAGCUUCACUCUGGCCGCCGUCUCCGUGGACAGGGGACAUUUCUGUGUCCUGAGUGUCGGCACAGGCCUGGUGUAAGGGUGAAAUGGACAGCAGCAAAAGAAACUCCAGGGCCUGGUGUGCCAGCGGUGCGCACCUUUGAUCCCAGCACUCCAGGGGCAGAGGCAGGAGGAUCUCUGUGAGUUCGAGGCCAGCCUGGUCUACAAAGCGAGUUCCAGGGCAGC